AUGACCGUGCUGCCUGGAAGGACAAAAGAAGAGGAUCAGCAGAAGUUACGAGGAGAAAAUUUCAACUGUGAUUACACGGUAUUGUACCGUCCAAGUGUUGCUUCGACCCUGUUUCAAGCGUGCGAAGAGGAGUUUGUGUACAACACUGGGGACUUGGCUCGAGUUCAGAUCUUUGGAAAGUAUCGUGACAUCCCAAGGAAACAAGUUGCUUUUGGUGACCCUGGGUUAUCGUACAGAUUUUCCGUGGUAGAAAUCCCGGCAAGGCCUUGGUCACCGCUGUUAAGGACGAUCAAAGACAGAAUACAAGAAGUAACCGGGCAAGAGUUCAACUUUGUCCUUAUCAACAGAUACAAAGAUGGUUUAGAUUACAUCGGAGAACACAGAGAUGACGAAGAAGGGCUAGUACAAAAUGCUUCAAUCGCUUCACUGUCUCUCGGACAAAAACGAGACUUUAUUUUCAAGCACUGUGAUGCACGCGGGAAGUACAAGAAACGUGUGGUAGAGCCGAUUAAAAUAGAAUUAGAACAUGGUAGCCUCUUAAUGAUGAACUAUCCAACCAACCGAUUCUGGUUUCACUCGCUACCUGUCCGGAGAAAGGCAACAGGAGCAAGAAUAAAUAUGACCUUCAGAAAAAUGGCUUAA